AUGGAUCCCGAAGCCUUCUUAGACCUGGCCAACCAGGUCAUAAAACUGAAAAUGUACCCAUAUUUUGAUAUAGCGCAUUCUUUACUAUGCGCUUUAGCGGUGCGAGAAGAUUUGGGAGCAGGGGCGCAAGCGUUCUCUCGCAAACAUCCCCUCUCAUGCUGGUUGUCCACAAUGCUCGUGAUCUUCGCGGGGGGCAUGGUGGCCAAUGGGCUUCUAGGAGAGCCUAUACUUGCGCCGCUCAAAAACACGCCGCAGCUGGUCAUAGGCACUGUUACUUGGUACGUGGUAUUUUACACUCCAUUUGACGUCGGUUACAAAGUCGCCAAGUUCCUUCCAGUGAAAGUAGCAGCAUCUGCAAUGAAAGAAAUAUACCGCGCUAAAAAAGUGUACGACGGAGUCACUCACGCUGCCAAGUUAUAUCCUAACGCUUACAUUAUUAUGGUUAUUGUCGGCACACUCAAAGGAAAUGGAGCUGGAUUUACAAAGUUAGUCGAGCGACUCAUCCGAGGCGCUUGGACGCCCACCGCCAUGGAAACUAUGCAGCCAAGCUUUUACACAAAAGCAUCUCUGGUGGCCUCGGUGAUAUUCGUGCUCGAUAAGAAGACCGACCUCAUCUCCGCGCCGCACGCCCUCGUCUACUUCGGUAUCGUGAUCUUCUUUGUGUACUUCAAGUUGUCUUCCAUCCUGUUGGGAAUACACGAUCCGUUUGUGCCAUUUGAAAAUCUAUUCUGCGCUUUAUUCAUGGGCGGCAUCUGGGACUCGCUCGCCAAGCUGCUCGGCAGGGGACAACCCAAAGAGGAGACUAAAGAUGCCAAGAAAACCAAU